ACUAGAAUGAUAUGUUCGCAUGCUGCGUUGACGUCAAAUAGGAUAGCGUGAAAAAUUAAGCUGCAUGAUCUGCAGGACACGAACAUGUCCUUUGCCCCCGAUCUUCAGCAACGUGCAAGUAUUAAAAAGAGGACUUCGUUUAGCCAGAAACGAGAAUUAAGCGCACCAAAUGAAGACGAAACGGCGAAAGCGGCAGCUAUUCGUAAAGCUGUGCAAAAGCACUUGAGCCCCGAAGCCGCGUUUCAUCGCGCUACGGGAGCGAUCGACAGUCAGCUUGAUGUACAGACAAUGCUAAAAGCAGCCAGUGUCUAUAACAGUGAACGGAAAAGCACCAGAGCUUCUGGCACUUCUGAAGCAGGCUCAUCUUCCUCAGCCACGACGGCAGGAGUUGCACGGAUAUCCUCCACAGAGGACGAUACUGCGAGUAAGAACAUUCACGUCAAAGCGCAGGUGCAGGCUCUAGAGAAAAGAACGUCUGCAGAACGGGAGAAGGCGCAGGAAAAUCGAUUAUCACCGAAGUCGUCCGCAAAGAGCACCUCCAAGACUUCUGGUAUACGUGCAGGAACGAGCAGUUGUACGAGUCCAUUGCGCAACCAAAACAAGUCUGCAGAUUAUACCAGAACGUCAGCCAUGCUCGGUGGAAGCCGAACGCGAGCUGGCAGUAAGCCUAGCACCAUGGGCGACGUUCUCCGUAAGGGACCACAGCAAGAUGGAGCAUCUUCCUCUGCCCCAACACCUACUACCACAACGACUGGAGCAGCGGCGAAAAAUCUCACUGCAGAUGCCCAGAAAGCUACAACGGAAGGCGGGGGUAGUGAGGUGCCGACGUCCUCUUUCCGGCCUCCCUCAUUCGGCGCGCUUACUCCUCCCCGGCGGUUUUGGUCAGCUGCUUCUACGGGAAGCUCACCAAAAGAGGGAAAAGGGACGGCGGCGGACAUGUUAAGCACUAGCGGAGGAGGUGGCGUUGUAAGCGGAGACGGACCAGCGGGUCCUUCUAAACUGUCCGAGCAUACGCGCAAACGCCAGCGCGCGCAAGACCUUGCAGAGGAAGGGGA